UGCCUAUUCUGGCCGGGUGCUGAGGGAAGGGGGAGUUCAUAGCGGAGCCACCGACCGGAGCCGGCGGCAGCAGCGCGCGUCCCCGAGAUCCCGGGAGCGCGCCCUCCAGCAGCUCUGACAUCACGCAGCCUCAGCAUGGCGCUCAAGGUCACCAAAAGAGCCGACCCCAGUGAGUUGAAGGCCAUCUUUCUGAGGUAUGCCAGCGUCGAGAAAGAUGGGGAGCAUUACAUGACUUCACCUGACUUUGUGCAGAGAUACCUUGGACUGCACACGGACCUUCACUUCAAUCCCAAGACGGUGGAGCUGUUAGGAGGUGUUGCUGAUCAGACCAAAGAUGGGUUGAUCUCUUUCCAAGAGUUUCUGGCAUUCGAGUCGGUGUUGUGUGCCCCUGAUGCUAUGUUCAUUGUGGCUUAUCAGUUAUUUGAUAAGAGCGGCUCUGGAGAGGUAACAUUCGAAAAUGUCAAGGAAAUAUUUGGACAAACCAUCAUCCAUCACCAUAUCCCAUUUAACUGGGACUGCGAGUUCAUCAGACUUCAUUUUGGCCACAACCGGAAAAAGCAUCUUUCCUACUUGGAAUUCACAGAAUUUUUACAGGAGCUGCAGUUAGAACAUGCACGGCAAGCAUUUGCUCUAAAGGACAAAAACAAAUCUGGGAUGAUAACGGCUUUGGACUUCAGCGACAUUAUGGCUACUAUACGGUCACAUAUGCUUACAUCGUUUGUAGAAGAAAAUCUUGUCUCGGCUGCAGGGGGGACAAUCUCCCACCAAGUGAGCUUCUCCUACUUCAAUGCUUUCAACUCUUUGCUCAAUAACAUGGAGCUUGUACGCAAGAUAUACAGCACUUUAGCAGGCACAAAAAGAGACUUGGAGGUCACCAAAGAGGAAUUUGCAAAUGCUGCAAACAAAUUUGGGCAGAUCACUCCACUGGAAGUUGACAUUCUGUACCAACUAUCAGAUUUAUUCAAUGCCACUGGACGCCUAACACUUACAGAUAUUGAAAGAAUAUCACCACUAGAGGAAGGGGCACUACCUUACAACUUGGCAGAGCUGCAGAGACAGCAAUCCUACAGUGACAUAGGUAGGCCCAUCUGGCUCCAGGUUGCUGAGUCUGCCUACAGAUUCUCAUUGGGCUCAAUUGCUGGAGCGGUGGGAGCAACAGCUGUUUACCCUAUUGACCUUGUGAAGACUCGGAUGCAGAACCAACGAUCCUCCUUUGUUGGAGAACUGAUGUAUAAAAGCAGUUUUGACUGCUUCAAGAAAGUAUUGCGCUUUGAGGGCUUUUUUGGACUUUAUAGAGGUCUGCUACCACAGCUUGUAGGAGUUGCACCUGAAAAGGCUAUUAAACUGACGGUUAAUGAUUUUGUUCGAGAUAAGUUUACUCAGCGAGAUGGUUCAAUUCCGUUCCUGGCUGAAGUUAUGGCUGGCGGCUGUGCAGGAGGCUCCCAAGUCAUUUUCACAAACCCGCUGGAGAUUGUCAAGAUUCGCUUACAGGUCGCAGGAGAAAUUACUACGGGCCCCAGAGUCAGUGCUCUCAGUGUAAUGAGAGACCUGGGCUUCUUCGGCCUUUAUAAGGGUGCCAAAGCCUGCUUCCUGCGUGACAUCCCGUUCUCUGCCAUCUACUUCCCUGUCUACGCACACUGCAAAUCUCAAUUUACUGAUGAAGAGGGGCACAUAGGAGCGCUAAAUCUUCUGGCAGCUGGUGCUAUCGCAGGCGUACCUGCGGCUUCUUUAGUAACCCCUGCUGAUGUCAUCAAGACAAGACUGCAAGUGGCAGCUCGGGCCGGUCAAACGACAUACAACGGUGUUAUCGACUGCUUUAGAAAAAUCCUCAGAGAAGAAGGAGCAAAGGCGUUCUGGAAAGGGGCCGGAGCUCGAGUUUUUCGAUCCUCCCCACAGUUUGGUGUGACGCUGGUAACCUAUGAACUUCUGCAGAGAUGGCUGUAUGUUGACUUUGGCGGGAUAAAGCCUUCUGGGACAGAACCUUCUCCAAAGACGAGAAUCUCCAACCUGCCACCUGCCCAUCCAGAUCAUAUAGGAGGCUACAGACUGGCAACCGCAACCUUUGCUGGAAUAGAGAACAAAUUUGGUAUUUACCUGCCAAAGUUUAGAUCUCCUGGUGUGGCUCCUGCUGAAGCCAAAGCCGCACCCUCCGUAUAAUACAGGCACAUCUAGGGGUGCCACACAACACAGUAUUUAAAGGUGCAGCACAGUACAGUACAGUAUCUCUGUGGUCAGUUGCAUGUGAGUUUAUCUGAGCUGCUUGUCCCAUUUUCUAUGAUAUAUUCAUUUAUUGAGAGGUAAAUCACCUGUUUGCACAGAAGGGGUUACCUGCUUCAUUUCAGCACGUAUAAUUAGUGUUGAGCGAACUUCUGUUUUAAGUUCGGCGUCUAAAGUUCGGCUUCCGGU